AUGGCGCCAGCCCUUCGGUCAAUGCGGCCAGCUCGUCAACACCAAGCACAGCGCCCCGUUCGCUCAACGCGUGGGGCAGUGGUCAGUUAUAGAGAAAUCUCAGACUCGGAUCCCUCGGAAGUUGAAGUCUCCGUACCUGAGGAUGAUGAUAAUGACGAUGAUCGUGAAAGACAGAUUCAAGCCCUUGUGCGCAUCAUUGCGAGAGAGGCAAGGCUGGAACAUCCCAACCUUCGUCCCUUGUCUAGGAUAAAACGUUCGCUCAACUCUACAGUUCCCACCAAGCCGGCGAAAAAGCUCAAAUUGGAACCAGAAGGCGUUAAGCCGCCAUGGCACACCCUUCCUUACCAUGUCCUCUUCAGUAUAUUUCUCUACCUGUCCCCUUUCAUGAGAGACAGCCCCUUGGCCGAUACCUCUCAGUCCGUAAAAUGCUUGCUGAGGCUCUCUCGUAUGUGUCGUGCUUUUUGUGAGCCCGCACUAUCGGCUCUAUACUUUUUACCGCCGCUACAUCCAGCUGGGAAACUGAAGGGCUUGGUGGAUCUGUUAAAGAUGGACCCGGAUUCCAUGUCUAUCAACUAUAGGGACAAAGUGAAACAUCUUGAGAUGGACAUCUACCGCGCGAAGCCGGUAUUGUUAUACUCCCUUCUUAAGUUCACGCCACGGCUUAGACAUUUGCGACUGUAUAGUCUGGGGGAAUACGACCGCAGUAAAAACAUAACAAAGCACAUUCCCCGCUGGUUGUUCUGCGAUAUGCCCCAGCCAGAAGCUCUGCGCGACUUACGCCUUCAUAGCUGGGAAUGGAAUGGAGAAAUUAAUUUCCCAUCCAUCAAGUCUGUCCAUAGCCACCCGGCGUUUACGUCCCUUCGGAGCGUACGCUUUUACAAACUAGAGCAUUGUGACUGCGGAGCCCCACGUGAACUAGAUUAUAAAAACCCUGCCGUUCAAGCGGAGGAGCUAGUCACCGCUCUCUCUCUCUUGCCUUACCUCGAAAGACUAGAAUUCAAGUCUUGUGACUUUGCGGCUGACUUGUUACCAUUUCUCUCAAUGGCUCUGACUUCACUAUCGGUCAUCGAUUGUGACAAUGUGGACUCGUUCAUCGUCGAAAAAUUCUUAUCAAAUCACGGGUACCAUCUACGUGAGCUGGUUUUGACUCAAAAUUAUUGCCUCAAUAUGUCUUUUACCACUCGCUUGGCAGAGUUGUGCCCGUAUUUGCAGGUGUUCAUCAUGGAUUUCAACUUAUCGAGAGAAAGACGCUUAGCGGGUGAUGUUAAUCCUUUCGACAAUUUAUUAUUGGAUUAUGAUCCUCCAUCAUGGCCGCCAACUUUGCAGUAUUUGGAAUUGCAGCAUUUGUGCAGGUGGGAAAUACAGACCGCAGAAAUUCUUUUCAAUUCUCUCGUUGAAUCUGCUCAUCAGCUUCAAGACUUGAGGACCCUCAUAAUUACCGCAAUUAUAAAAAUCAGCUGGCGUGACCGGGCAAAGUUUCGCGAACAUUGGAUGGGGACUCUCGAACGGACGUUCUUAAGAAAGUCCCCUCCGCCGAGCACUUGGCCAACCAUCCUAAAGCCAACACGUACCUCUCAGGCUGGAAGCUCUUCUAGCGAUAGCAACGACACAAGAAAACAGUCUUUUGAAGCUAUUCCGCAAAGACGAAGCAGGCGCAUUGCCCAACGGAUCGCAUUAACUGACGAUAUGCAAAGCGAAUCUGUCUCAGUAGGAAAGGGAAAAGAACCGGCAAAUGGAGGUUUCGAGUCUUCAGCGAAGCAGACCCAGGGUGGCCCAGUGCACGGUAUGUGUGAUGUGGUGAAGGUCCGCAUUGACAAUCUGCGGCCUGUUUCAAUUCCUCAAGCAGCGGAAAAUCUUGCCGAUGAAGACAGCGGUGAUUCUGACUGGAAUGGCGUUGACCCAGAGUUUGACACCAGCUAUGCCUGGUAGCGCCCAAACAGUGGGUGUAAUUUCUCCUGAAAGCUAAAGUCUGCUCUCAUGGGCGUUUCCUUUGACUCAAACCUUGGUGAUCCUUUCUUUGUUGAGGCCUGUAUUUAAAUACUUCCACCCUACGUUGUGACUGUUCUCCAAGAGUAGUGAAUUCCCUGGAGGACAUCAGCGCUUUACUUCAUUCUCUGGCGACCUGGUGCAUCCAAUGGCGUAUGGUCAGGCGCUGUCCUACAAGAUUUACAAGUUGUAAAGGACUUGCGUGGACGGACAGAGCAAUUUGGGAGUUAUAUGGCAUGGUGGAGAUGGAUGGUAUUAUGAAACUGGUGCCCCUUCUCCUUGGGCAUAUUUGCGUUGUAAUAUUUAAAAUCUGGCAAUUGAUGAAUCCAAGCUUUCCGCAUCAUAACGGCACCUAAUGCAUAAUCUCUUAUUUAUUCA